UAAUUCUAAAAAAAAUUGAAGCUCGAGUGAGCAGUGCAAUGGAGAGAUGGACACAUUGUGAUUUCAACAAGGCCUUCAAGCUCGCCAUCCGCUCGCUUCUCACAUCCUGCCACAAACAGGACUUCAUCAAAGUAUUUUCUCACUUCAACGCCGAUGACCGGGAAUGUCUUCACCGCCUUUUUAUUCAGGUCAUAACGUCUCUGCAUAAAAUGAUAGAGGAUGAGUUCGAGUCAUUAGGCCGUGAAACUCAGGUGGAAACAACUCUUGAUACUGUUGACCAACUUGUAGAAGAACAGCGUAUGGACCCUUUGUUUUCAAAGGAGACCAACAUAAUGGAGGUUGCACACAGUCUAUCAGUUGCAAAGAAAAAUGAGAUUCAGCACUUGAUGAGCGCACUUGGAAGGGCUCAAGAACAGAAUCGCAUUAUCCGAGCUCGUAUCGAACUGCUUAAGAAAAAAAGAGAAGAUGCCUCUAGCACCGAAGAUGUGGAGGUAAGAAGCAGGAUUCUCAGUUUCGGGAUUUCAAGUUAUGGACUUUAAGAUUGAAAUAUUGGAGUGGUUAUACUUCUCUGCCAACCCCUUGUAUACCAAGGUAUACUUUUAUGAGCUAAUCAAUAUUUCAAAAUAUAUUUGUGUUGGAUUGCUGAAAUGAAACGACUACUUUUUAUUGCAAUAAAAUUGAAUGAUAGAGAGUUACCAUUUUC